AUGGCGUGGAGUGAUUCGGCGGGUGGCUUUUACAUCUUCGGAGGAUGGGAUAGUUUUUUUGACGGGUUCAAUGACUUGUACUUGUAUGUCCAUGAGGCCAACCAAUGGCAGCAGAUCACCCCUCACGGCACAGUCCCCAGCCGACGAUCUAGCCACAGCAUGGCUUGGAGCGACGCCGCGGGUGGCUUUUACAUCUUCGGAGGAACUGAUGGUAGUGACUACUUGAAUGACUUAUAUUUUUACGCCAGGGAGGCCAACCUGUGGCAGCAGAUCACCGCAAACGGCCCAGCGCCGAGCCCGCGACGACGGCGCAGCAUGGUUUGGAGCGACUCCGCAGGUGGUUUUUACAUCUUUGGAGGAUACUAUGGUUCAGAGUUGAAUGAUUUGUAUCUCUAUCACCAUGAGGCCAACCUGUGGCAGCAGAUCACCGCAAACGGCCCAGCGCCGAGCCCGCGACGACGGCGCAGCAUGGUUUGGAGCGACUCCGCAGGUGGUUUUUACAUCUUUGGAGGAUACGAUGGUUCAGGCAGAUUGAAUGAUUUGUAUCUCUAUCACCAUGAGGCGAACCAGUGGUGGCAAGUUCGCCCGACUGGCACACCACCCGGCCCGCGAUCUAGCCACAGCAUGGCUUGGAGCGAUGCCGCGGGUGGUUUUUACAUCUUCGGAGGAUAUGAAAGUGGGGAAUAUUUGAAUUAUUUGAAUGACGCGUACUUGUACCUCCGUGAGGCAAACCAGUGGCAGCUAAUCACCCCGAGCGGGACAGCGCCCACCCCGCGAUAUGGCCACAGCAUGGCUUGGAGCGACGCCGCGGGUGGCUUUUACAUCUUUGGAGGAACUGAUGGCAGUCGAUUGAAUGACUUGUAUUUGUAUGUCCAGGAGGUUUAUGACACGUCUACAUGGACAAUGUCUACAGGGACAACUUUAACGUCAACUUUAACCACGGUAACCACGGUCACCUCGACCCUGACUACGACUACGACAACUGUUGUGGACGUGAGCGCUGAAGUGGCUGCUGUUGCCCUUUCGAGUGGCAGCUCCUCUCUUUGCCUUGCGCUUGUGCUUUGUUUGCUUUGCAGAAGAAGGCUACGAUUUCAGGAAGCUGCCCGCCGGCGGAAAGAGGACUUUAAGCUGAGCAAUCCUUUGGCGGUCAAACACUUUGUUCUCUAUGCAGAUGUGCGGCUGGUGCGGUAUGAAUUCUUGGAAGAGAUCUUCGGUGCAGGCAAGCCUUGGCCUCGGCGACAGGAGGCCGAAGAGAUGAAGAUGGAAGAUGGGCGAACAGCUUUGGUGACGCGGGACGAGCUGAGAAGCUUGUGGUACAGCGCGGAGAAACGGAAAUUUUUCCAAGACGCGGAUGAACGCGUUGAAGUUCAUCUUUGUUCCAUUUCCCAUGCUUGGGAAGCGAUGGAGCACCCGGAUGCUUGGAGAUAUCAACUCCAAGAGGCGGUGCUACGGCUUUCGCAUUUGGAUGGACUCGUUUGGAUUUUCUAUGAUUUCACCAGCCUGCCCCAAUAUCCCCGCACCACAGCACAGCAACAUGCUUGUUUUCAUCGCGCCUUGGGCAAUAUGCACUUGCUCUACGCGCAUGAUUUGGUCAAUGUCUUGGUUAUGGACCAACUCACGAAAGAGGCAGACAGCCAGAGGUUGGAACAGGACCUGCAGGUCGAAAUAUUUAUCCAAUCACAAGGGGGAGUUGGCCUUGUUCACACCUAUGAGCUGACCGUGAACGACAAUCUGUAUUUGGUGCGUGGCUGGUGCCAGGCAGAACGGCUGUGGGCAAACCUGCGAGAAGGUGUUGACAAUGUGGUGCCGGAACCGCCGGAACUUUUUGCCAAGAGAUUGGACACUUUUGUGUUUACUCAUCGAUCAGACACAAAUGCAGUGCGAGAUUUGCAAAGAAAAGUAUUUGAAGAGAAGACCGAAGCGACCACCAAGCUCCGGUUUGACAAGCUUCCACCAGAUCAGAUCCCAAUCCUGUGUGCCGCGCUACCACACUAUUCAAAACUGGAGAUCUUAACCAUAUCAAGGACAAGGCUCCAGGAAACUGGAAUAGCAGCAAUCCUCCGGUCCCGAGCGACCUUGGUGGUCUUGGUGGACUGCGAUCUGGACGAUCAGGAGGCAACCACAAUGUUGGAGAUACUAGAGAAGGAAGCUACGGCAGUCAAACAGUUGGAGCUUGGUCGCAAUGACAGAAUCUCUCAGGAAAUUCGGCUUUCUUUGACUGUGGCUGCGCUGAAGAACAACAUCAAGCUCCUCUUGAAGGCAAAAACUACCCCGGAUAUCGAGAUGGGAAAGCCCGAGGUGAAAAAGUCUAUUGUGAGUCUGUGA